UUUAUGCAGGGGAACCUAGUAGUCAUGCGUUAACAUCAAGACGGAAGUUUCGUCGCAAGAAGAAGUCAAGUGCUUCUGAAUCAGAAUCUUCUCCACCCAGUCCAAAAUACUCAACUACCUCUUCUUCAACAGUUGGUGAUUCAGAACCUUGUCAGCAGACAGCGUCUGGGGUUGAAUAUUCUGACAGUGGGGGAGGCUCUUUACCACCGAGUCCAAAGCCUACACUAAUGUGGGCUGGGCCUAGAAGGAAGAUAAGUGACUCCCUUUUGGUACCCUCACGUAGCCGACCAACAUCUCGUCUCAGGACACAGCACAGUUGCCCAGAAAGUACAUGUUCUCAUAACUACAGAGUACAGGAUGGACAGGCACAUAUACAUCCUCCAUUUUUACAUUCCUCCACGGUAUAUUACCCACCGCUGGCCCACCAGUCAUCAGUCACAGCUGCCCCAGCCAUGACUGCACCAGCACCACCUCUAGCAAACCACCUGAGUUGUCACUGCCACAGUGAACAGUUGGAGCUGCUGAAUCAGAAACUUUCAGCAGCAGAGGAGGCAAAGCAGCGUCUCCUGAAAGAAAACGAGUUCCUGUUACGGCAGUUGGAGGAUGCUUACAGAGAACUCCACUCAUUGAGAGACCAUGUGGGAGAAGUGCGUCAACAGACAGUGGCAUUUAUUCUUCGGCAGAUGGAGACACUACACAUCCAGAAGGAUACUCAUGUCUGACACGUGAGCAAAUUACUUUUAUCACCUUGGAGACGUAAGUGUGAAAAGUUCAGUGGUGUUGUAUUCAUACUCAUACAACCUUAAUGGUCACAUCUGGUAUAUAUAUAAUCACACAGUGUAUAUGCCUGGGACAGAUGCUUCUUAAAAUUUAUUCCAAAUGUAGCUUCAAUAGAUGUUUUACAAUUGGUCACUAAGUUAGCUAAAGCUAUAAUUGGGUAAUGUUACAUCUACUGAAGAAAUUCAUUUGAAAAUCCUGUUGUAACUACCAGAGAAAGAUAAUUAUUGAAUAUGGUAUCAGGAUGUCUCUUACUGUUGUAGUUUUUAUCCUGAAGUUGUUCAGUGGGGGCAGACAGGUGUGACCGUCUCACAUUUAUAAACCAGAAGAAGCUGUGUAUUUUAGUUGAACUGAUUCAGAUGUUGGUCAUUGCCAUGCUUUGAAAAAAAUUGCCUUCUAAUAAUAUUGUUAACUGAAAUAAACAUUGCACAUUACAUGGUGGUAGAACCGGUAUCUUUAUUUCCAUUUCAUUGAGAUGCAAAUGUAUUAUGAAGUGUAAUGGUUGUUUAUGUUCUGUGUUAUGAAUAUUUAUAUAGUUCAGUAAUAUCAAUGCCAGUAAUAAUGGUAUAAUUUAUAUUUGUCAGGAUGGUACUGGGGCCUACUACUUAUAUGAAUGUAACAAAUGAGAACUUUGUAUUCAAGACACAGAUAUAUAUUAUUAAGAAAAUUAAAUGCAGUGUGAGUAUAGUGUAACUCCAUAAUUUUCAAUCCAUUUUCAAUUAUAGUUUGAGAUACUGGUGUUCAGAACGUUGUAAGAAUUUGCAAGUUUUGUUAAUUUUGUCUGAUAUACUGUGUGUACAUUUAACAUGUUUUCUAUGCUGACAACAAAAUUAUUUAUGAAUGUAGUGUUAUAAUUUAUACCCCUCCCUCUCCUGUCUAGUCAUAUGAGGAAGAUGCAAGGAUAAUGAUAAUGUGUUUGUGUAUUCAUGUUCAAAUAACUGUGAAUAUAAGAUACAGAUAUAAAGAAAGAGUAGGUUAUUUUUAAUGUAAGGAAAGGAAAAGAAAUUACAAGAUGUGUUGCUGACUUUGGUUCCAUUGCAUUUGAAUAUCUUUUUUAUUUGCCAUUCCUUUUACAGCAAUGAAGAGUAUAGUUAGCUUUCACAGUUUUUAUCUCAGUUACUUUUUAUUUUUUCACAAAUAAUAUUUUUAUAUACAAAAGUAAUGUUCAAGAUUAAUUUUCGUGCUAAUUCCUAAAACCAUUUACAAAACAUUCAUUUCUUUCUUAUAGCAUCACAUUCCUGUUAUUCUUUGAAAUACAGAGAUACAUUCUUUCCAAAAUCAGGAUUUAUAAAUAUGUAAAGAAACUACAUAUAAUCCUGGUUGCUCACUAAAAUAUAAUGCAUUCCAUGUUACCAAACUAUAAAGUAAAAAAUAUUUAUGUUAUUGAUGUCUUUUAAUUUUAUAAUUCUGUUAUUUUAGGUGAUUAGCAAUUGUCUGUGAAUCACGGAUCCAUGUACAGCAGAUGGUUACCGUGUUAAGUUUCAUUUGAACUUUGGAAAGAAUGCUUCAGUUGCUGGUGAUGACAAAUGUUUGGAGUCUAGUGUUGUUUUAAUAUGCUGAACUAUACCACAAAUCCUGCUUUUCCAAACAUCACAGCCAAGUGGUUAGCCUUCCUCCUUCAUUUGAGAGGUCCUUAGUUCAAAUAUCGACCAUAAGAUUGACUGUGCUGACUGAAGUUAUUUUUAUGGUUUCAUUCAUACUAGAAUAGUAUCUAAAAUCAGAUCAUGACCAUUUUCUUCCAUAUCCUUUUAAAUUCAUUAUCAUUAAUCAUCCUAGCAUUAAGCAGUUUAUAAUCAAACCUGUUGACAUUAUUGUUAAAUAAACCACAAAUAAAUAAAUCAUAUACUAUGUAAGAGUUAACUUUUCAUAUAUGAAUGUGUGUAUUUGUAUACAUAUGAAAUGUACAUUAUAUGAUAUAAUACACAAAUUUCACUAUAAUUACGUAGUCUAUGUGGAAAAUAGAAACUACAUUUGUAAUUUCUCUUUCAUUAUUAAUUAAUAAUUUGACAUUACAUAGCCCCAGUGAUCUAUUUAUAUACUACAUUUUAUACAAAGGAUUGUGUGUGUGAUAAAUAUAUACAACCACUGUAAUGAUAAGGGAGUACUUGUCACAACAGUGUUAUAAAAUAUUUUAAUGUUUGGAAAUAAAUAUGUUUGCAUUAACAGGUUAA